AUGCUCGUGCAUGCGAAGCUUGCAGAGCAAGCAAGAACCGAUGCUUCUUCUCGAAUGACAACACAAUAUGUCGGAGGUGAUGAACAUUUUCAAUCUCCUAGUUGCCGAUUGCUAAGUCUGAAUAGAUGCGACCAGACCAAAAAUCAAUGUAUCGUUCGAGAGAAAGCUAGACCCCGACGUGCUCGACGUGCAGGAAAUUUGCAAUUGGAAGAUGCCACCAAAUUAGAUGAUAGCCCCUUAUCUUCAACUGCCUCUGCCUCUCCUUCUGCCGAUAAACCCCCGAAGAACGGAGAGUUUUCACUUGAUCUUCCUAAUACAGUGUAUCAUGAUCCAGCGAAGGACGCCGAAGCUCUUGAGGAUCAUCAUAAACGAGUCUUUAAAGAUGACAGAUCUCGCUCGCCCAUGUCAUCGAAGGAGUUGCUACAUUUACCACCAAAAUAUAUAUCCAGUCGCAAACUCACCCUUUCCCAAGCUACUCACCUCCUGAAUUCCUACCUUCCCAAGCUUUCAUUCUUUCCCUUCGUCACACUCCCCGCAAAUCCCACAAUUCCAACUCUGUCUCAACAAUCCCCGUUCCUUCUCCUGGCUAUCCUCACCACUGCUGCCAUCCCACACCCAUACCUUCACCACCAACUUGAUCAGGAAUUCCGUCGUGUACUUAGUCUUAAGCUGAUUGUUGAGACGCAAAAAUCGCUCGACUAUCUUCUUGGUCUCCUUGUAUAUAUAGCUUGGUAUCCUGUGCAUACCAAACCAAAAUCUAAUCCAUGCUUCACCUACAUAAACCUUGCCAAUUCCCUAGCUUUGGACUUAGGACUGAAUCAAGCCCAGCUCCAGACUAAUCCUUUCAGGGAGUUUGAUUUGAAGGGACUCUUGGAUAGCCACGGCAGUUGGACGAUGGAUGCCAGGAGGGCCUAUAUGGGAUGUUAUGUUCUGAGCUCUCAUCUUUCUAAAGGUUUUAACAAACCCCAAACCAUGUCCUACGAGAAUCUUCUUCCAAGCAACGGUGAUUGCUUCAUUCCAUCGCAUACUAGCACACCAGCAACAGCUAUCGUGAUACUUGAGCGUAUCUCUGAUCGUAUAAACGAAGCAUGGACCUCAAAAAACUAUCCACAGAUGGAUGUCUUCAGUACUGAACUGUAUGUUCAAUUGUUUACUGCUGAAUUGGACACUUGGAAACGAAAUUUGCCAGAUUCCAUCACUGCCUCAUCAAUACUCGCUCUUUACCACAAAUAUAUACAUCUGUCAGUCUACGCUCAUGCUCUCCGCCUUCUCCGCCGCCCGUACCGCCCCUUCGUUCCGGGCACCACAGAAACAAGACCUUCGCUCGACCAUCUUCAAACCUGUCUCAGACUUAGUGUAUCUUACCUUCAGCACCUUCUCUCACUUCCCACUCAAGACUACACGCAUUUCAAUAUAAUUCACUGGUCCCAAUUGGUGCACUGUCUUGUUGCACUUGUAAGACUUACUUUUGUGAUUGCGCACGUAGAGAAUUGGUCAUCCGAGACGACGCGAGAGAGAGUUGGCUUGAGUAUGUACUUGGAAGCACUUUGUUUCAGGCUUGGGAGUCUGUCAUUAAAUUCUCAAUUAUCGGCUGGAAUAGAAAUCGAAUCUAAUGAAAGCGAGAAAUCCGAUACGAGUAGUAAUCAAGGAAAGAAAAAUCGCUUUGAUAGAUACUUCAUGAUGCGAAGCAUACUAAGCACGCUUAAAAAGGCAUGGGAACACCGAGUAGAGGCGAUUGUACCUAAAGCCUCAGCAAUCUCAAAGGGUAAAUGUCCGAUGUUUGAUCCAGAGAUGGCGCAAUUAUUUGAAAGUACGAAUUUAGAUUUCGACUUUGGGGACUUGGAAGAAUGCGACUAUAGUAUGAUCGAAGGAAUGGGGGAGUGGGACACUAGCAUAAGGGAAGUCGGGACAGAUAGUGCCUUUACUGAUGCGAGUGGGGAAACACCAAGAGAUGGAGAAGCAGGUUUACCGUGGAUGACCAGUGCAGGCGGAACAGUUGGAGGAGUGGAAAUGCCACCGGGAGGAGUGGACCAGCAUGCAAGCGGAGGAACGAAAUUUUCUGAUUUAUGGACGACAAUGACAUGCUCGUGGGCUGAGCAACCUUCUUCAUCGCUGAUGCAAGUAGAGCAGGAAAAGGCUAGCAUCGGCGACAGCGAGGCAGUCGUUGGAUAUCAAGUGAACAAAUGA